UUAUUGACGCGCGGCCACAGGUUGGCUGAUUUAAUCCGCUCAGUAUGGAUUAUUCCUCCUCAUCCCGCGCCGAUUGUCUCCGAACCGGAUCGGAAAUGGGGCUCAGUCGGUACAUCAGCGACGACUGAGAGGAGGAGGAACCAAACGGAACAUUUCUGAGCGCGCACACGCAACAUCUGUAGCGAGGCGCGGACCUGUGGAGGACCUGAACAAUAAAUAAAUAAUUAUAAAUAACAAUAAAAGGACAACAAACCAGAUGAUGGGAUGUGCUGUGACAACAUGAAAAAGAAAAAGUGCGGCGGUCUGUUUGUGGAGCAGCCUGUGAUUCUCCACCACUAACCUGGGGGACAAGGACCGACAGAGAAGAGGUCGGAGACAGGUGCGUGGCCACAGCUCUGACCAUGGAGCCGCCCCCUUCUCUGAGCUUGGCUCUGCUCGGAGGGAGCGAGGAUGAGGACCAGCGUUUCCUCCUGCCCCUGGGCAGCAUAUCCCAUUCUUCCACGGCAGGCAACCAGCCGGGAUUGAACCACUCCAACCACACGGGAGGUUCCAGCUUGGACCGUUUGAAUGGCAGCACCCCGUCGCCGUCCUCCUCCGCCACGCCCAACCUGCCUCCGCCGGCGCUCCCCAAGUUGCCUCUGUCGUCCUCCGGAGCCCAGCCCCUGCCCCCGCCCAUCCCCAACGCCCUGCACCCGACCAGCACCCCGCUCUCGUCCUGCCUGGGCUCCCAGCACAGCCUGAGCGGGGACAACUCGCCGGUCUACAACGCCCUCUUUUACUCCUCCCACUCGCCCUCCAUGGACCGGGAGAGAGACCGGGAGCGUGAGAGGGAGAGGGUAGAGCGAGAGCGGGGCAGUAAGCACCGACAGGCCAGCCCCCUGGUCCACCGCAGAGACAGCAACCCCUUCACUGAGAUCGCCAUGAGCUCCUGCAAGUACACGGGCGGGGUCAUGAAGCCUCUGAGCCGCCUCAGCGCCUCCCGGAGGAACCUCAUCGAGUCCGACAGCAGCAGUGAAACCAAAGAAGGUGGCGUUUCAGCUGUCGCAGGGGUAACAGCCGCCAGCGGACACGACAGACCCCGGGACGCCCCGUCUACCUGCUCAAUGACCCAGCCCUCUUCUAACCAACCACCAAUUCAGAGCCCCCCAGAGAUUGUGAUCUCCUCCAAAGAUGACUCUCCGUACCCCAGGCGAGGGUAUGACAUCUCAGACUCAACGUCCAACCAAAUGUCCAUCUACCACCAGAACCACGCGCUGGUGGAGAGCAGGCGGACACAAACGGACCGGGACAGCAGGCAGAGCGGGGCCGGGACGGUGGGCACCGGGGCCAGGGGCAGCACCUCCAAAGCUCCCAAACGAAAGAACCAAAACAUCGGCUACAAGCUGGGGCACCGCAGGGCGCUGUUCGAGAAGAGGAAGAGGCUGAGCGACUACGCCCUCAUCUUUGGAAUGUUUGGCAUUGUCGUCAUGGUCAUUGAGACGGAGCUGUCGUGGGGCGUCUACUCCAAGAGCUCCAUGUACUCUCUGGCGCUGAAGUGUCUGAUCAGCCUGUCCACAGUCAUCCUGCUGGGACUCAUCAUCGCCUACCAUGCACGAGAGGUUCAGCUGUUCGUCAUAGACAACGGAGCCGAUGACUGGCGCAUCGCCAUGACCAUGGAGCGGGUCCUGCUGAUCGCGCUGGAGCUGCUGGUGUCUGCGGUGCAUCCAGUGCCAGGGGACUUUAAGUUUCAGUGGCGGGCACGGUUGGCCUUCUCGUACGCGCCUUCGCAGGCCGAGGCUGACCUGGACAUGGUGCUGAGCGUGCCCAUGUUCCUGCGCCUCUACCUCAUCGCCAGAGUCAUGCUCCUGCACAGCAAACUCUUCACGGAUGCCUCCUCCAGGAGUAUAGGUGCCCUAAACAAGGUCCAUUUCAACACACGGUUUGUAAUGAAAACCCUCAUGACCAUCUGUCCCGGGACGGUGCUGCUGGUCUUCAGCAUCUCUCUGUGGAUCAUCGCUGCGUGGACCGUACGAGUGUGUGAGAGGUAUCACGAUGCUCAGGAUGUGACCAGUAACUUCCUGGGAGCCAUGUGGCUCAUCUCCAUCACCUUCCUUUCCAUCGGCUACGGAGACAUGGUUCCUCACACCUACUGUGGCAAAGGAGUGUGUCUGCUCACGGGCAUCAUGGGUGCGGGCUGCACCGCUCUGGUGGUGGCUGUGGUGGCCAGGAAGCUGGAGCUGACCAAGGCUGAGAAACAUGUACACAACUUCAUGAUGGACACUCAGCUCACCAAGAGGAUAAAGAACGCAGCAGCUAACGUGCUGAGGGAGACCUGGCUCAUCUACAAGCACACCAAGCUGAUGAAGAAGAUCGACCACUCCAGGGUCCGCAAACACCAGCGCAAGUUCCUGCAGGCUAUACAUCA